CACUACCGGGCAGGCUGGGUCCUUACAGGAGCAGGAUGUUGUUAGCUUCAUCGCUGGAGGAGACAGUGUAGAGUCUCAAGCACUAACGAAUGUUCUAAAGUUAUGGUCACAUUUCCAGUCAAGAUGACCAAAACUAGGAAGUGCAUCCUCUGUGAGACGGUCCAUGCCUCCAAGCAGGAGAUGGACGAGCACAUGAGAAGCAUGCUGCACCACCGCGAGCUGGAGAAACUCAAAGGCCGGGACUGCGGCCACGAGUGCAGGGUGUGCAAGGUGUCGGUGGUGAGCCUGACCGACUACGCCAGCCACAUUUCCAGUGCGGCGCACAAGCAACAUUUGGAGGCUCUUGAGAAGAAGCCCGUGAGCCUGGACCGCAACGAGGACUACUUCGACCAGGUGCUGGUGGAUGCGAUCCACAAGCGGAAGGAGCAGAUCCGCAAAGAAAAGGAGGCGGCCAUUGCUGCUCAGCUGGCCAAACAGCAGGAGGAAGCGAGGAAAAAGGAGUUCCAGCAGCGACUCAGCAAAGCCAAGGAGUGUUACCAGCUGGAUAGAGGUCAGCAGCAUCUGCCACAAGGCUUCGCUUGGUCCACUCGGCACAACUCCUGGAACAACAAACAGCAGCCUGGCUUACGAGCGGGCUACACCCCACCUUGGAACAACAACAAACAAGGAAGGAGUGCCACCUGGCAUGCUCAGGCUCCACCUUACUUUCACAGAUGGGCAUCGGGUGACUUACAAGUCGACAGCUUCCACUCACAGGACGGCUGGGGCGGCUCCAAAAAGUGGGAGCGGAGUCCGUUCGAUGACCAAAAUCGGCUGCCCUGGCUCAGCAACCAAGGCAGCAACUAUGGCAUGUAUGGCAGGAAUAAUAUUUCGCAGUGCGCACCAAAUAACCGCCCACUCAGCUUCAAUGGGCCCUCUCUGUUUCCGCCGCCGCCACAGUUUUUCACCAAUCCUGUGAAGAACUUUCAAAGGAAGGGUGAAGAAUGUAGGGGGCCCCAGAGGGAGGAGAUGCGAGCAGCUGACUGCGACCAGCACAGUAAAAAGACCUUUGGUAGCAACCCAAAACUGGACAAAACCUGCAGUUGGUCAAAGGAAGUAGACGUGAAACCGAGCAAAGAUACCUCAGAGACCCCAAAAGAUGAUCACACAAAAGGGUCCAAAAGCCAGGAAACAACAGCAGCAGAAUCAGAAGAGGCAAAACCUAAAAGUAACCCUAAAAGCGCAGAAAAGAGAAGCAGUGCCCAGAAAGAUGGCCACCAGACCUCCACCUCUGGUCCUUCCACUCAUCCCAACAGUGGGGCCUCAGCACAGCCACAGUCAAAACCCACUACCAAGCAGAUGGGAAUCAGGACCCCUCCUGUUCUACCCCUGCCUUCGUGGCAAGAACAGAAGUCUCCAGAAAUAGUCAGGAAAAGCACGUCUGGCCGUCUGGCCGAAAGGAGAUGCUCUUUGGAUGGCUUUAAGCUGACAGUGGCCCGACAGACUGAGGGGGAGCCCCUCAAGGUUCCAGUGCAGGGUCAGAUUACGGACAACAAGGACAGAAGCUGCCGACAGAAUGCGACUAAACCGAAAUCGCACGACCCGCUCCGAGAAAAGCUUGCAGUGUCUUCAUCUGAGAGCACACACUCCCUCCAGUCGCUGCACGUCAGCACUUCCACCACAGAGAGAUUGGCGCCCGCAGGCUCAAACGGCGAUGACCCGGAAAAGCGUCCAGACAAGGAAGCUCUCACAUCACCGCCUCGGGAUGAGGCCACACAGGAUGCAGAAGAAGGUUGCAAUUCGGAGAGCGACACCUCCAGAUGCGGCAAAACAGAUCUCAAAGCAUCCAGCGCGUCCAAACUUGGACGAGACCUGACCAAGCGUGUCAGCACCAAGACCAAGACAGGCGGCCCGGAGCCCAACCUCAACAUUGCCAGGCGGGUGCGCAACCUGAGUGAGUCGCGGAGAAGUGACACAGAGAAGGAUUCCGGGCUCAAACCGACCGUUCGCCAGCUCAUCAGCUCCUCCGGGUCUCGGCGGAAGGUCAACUGGGAGCAGGUGUACCAGGAAGUGCGGAAGAAGCAGGACAAGGGGAAAGGAAUGCCCAGGUUCGGCAUAGAAAUGGUUCCAAACGACCCAGAGGACCAGAACCAGGAGGAAGACGACAUUGCAUUCCUGGAGAAUUUCCCUUGGGAGUCACUGAUGGAGACAUCGUCUCCUGCCGUCUCCCGUAAACGCUCCUUAUCAGAAAGCAGUAUCGCUCCCGCGUCGGAGCACUCAUGUUUCUCAUCCUGUGAGUCCAAUAAGAUACCGCAAAGGCAAGUCCGAUGCUCAGAGCAGCAAAGGUCCUCCGUUUCUCCCAAGCUUAGCGUUCCCAAAGAGAACGACAGCCGUCCAGAGGCAGAGCAAAAACUAAACUUCACUCUGGAGGAAGCACAGAAGCAAGCGGAUAAGCUCAUGUCAGAGAAGGCUAAGGCUCACCAAAGAUCCGAUUCCAUGCUUGGAGACAACAGCUCUGGAGCAGAGCAGAUGGACACUCAGGGAACAGCAAAGAGGCGAAGAACACCCGGGGAUGUUCUGAGCCAAGAGGCUGCAGGUGUGGAACAAGAUAAAAAACGAAGAAAGAUCAAAUCCAAAAGUGCUGAUCGUUUACAGAUCGACCAGCUGCUGGCCGUGUCCCUGCGCGAGGAGGAGCUUAGUCGCUCGCUGCAGACGGUGGACAGCAACCUCAUUCAGGCCAGGGCGGCACUGGAGGCCGCCUACAUGGAGGUGCAGCGGUUCAUGGUGGUCAAACAGCAGAUCACCACAGAGAUGAGCACCCUAAGAGAAAAACGCAUUGACUUAUUAAAAGGAAUGCAAGCCGGCAACAUAUCCGCUGCACUUCCAAUUCAACUAAAAGAGGAGAAGACAGAACCGGUGGAAUCCUCCUUGGCUGCCUCCAUGUCGUCUCUUACAAGCGCUGCUGCACCUCCUCAUCCCGGCUCCUCCUCGCCUCAGUCCUCCAUUGCCCUCCCUGUAGCCAUCAAGCAGGAGCCCCUCUCCCCCGUGCGGGUCAGCUCAGAGUCUCAACUUUUGGAGGCUGCCACUCUAGCGGAGCCCACUUUUGAGCGUCACACGUCUGUAGAAACAAAGCUGGAGUUGUAUCAAGCUGAUGGUGACUCGUGGAGCCUUGGCCAGUGUGCAGACGUCAAAGACAGCCUGUUGGGAUUGUUGGAGCCCUGUGAAAAGGCGGUUCAGUCAACACAUCACCUCCACAACCUGGACCUUAAAACCCCCGUCCAGCUUAUGUCAGCCAGCAGCAGGAGGAGCUCGGAGACAGGCAGCCUCGCCGAGCGUUCACUCUCGCCAACGUUUGAGACCCCCAUGGUCCCGAACACGCCAGGGUCACCUUGCGAGAUGCGUAGUGGCAAGCGUGUGAGGAAGCUGAAGAAGAGGAAGGUGCUAGAAAAGGCUCACGGGAACGUGCAGCCUGAAAGCAGCGACACCGAGAUGGAUGCCGAAGCCUCCAGGCCCAGGUGGCCGCGACCUAACAGGAGGUCCAGCAGCAGCAGUGCUCAUAGCACUCAGGUCAGUAUCUCCUCCUUGCCAAGUGGGGGCGAUGUGAAGAUGGAGGACGACAAGGAAGUGACCAGGCGGGGCAUGAAGCCUCUCAUACAGCCUCUGCUUCCUGAGACGGACACCCCGGUGCUGACGGAGGAAAAGAUGGAGGUGAUUGAAGCCUGCCAGCAGCCCCUCAGGACCUCACUGUCUCCUCCAGCUUGCAUCCCAGACUCAUCCAGAACAGAGCAGCCGAGCCUAGCGUGCAAUGAGGUCACCUCUACCAGCGACAUGGACAUUUGUAAAUCAUCUGAGAGUGAAGUGUCAUUUCCAAAGAUGGCAUGGUCCUCCUCCCAAAUGUCCUGUGGCUCAUUCGAGGGCCACCAGGAGGCGGUGAACGCCAUGCAGGUCCACAACGGCCUGCUGUACACCUGCUCGGGAGACCGCACCAUCAAAGCACUCGACUUGCAGACCCGCAAGUGUGUCGCCGUUUUUUCGGGUCACACAUCCAAAGUAAGCUGCCUAUUGGUGUCAGCUGCCCCCUGCCUGCAGCGCCACCUGUACUCUGGUUCUAGCGACCAGACCAUCCGGUGCUACAAUCUUAAGACACAGGAAUUGGAGCAGCAGUUCAGUCUGGCAGACCGUGUCCUCUGUCUCCACAGCCGCUGGAAGCUCCUUUACGCUGGUCUGGCUAACGGCAAUGUGGUCACCUUCGACCUCACUAGCAACAGGCAGAUGGACGUGUUUGAGUGCCACGCCCCGCGGGCCGUCAGCUGCCUGGCGUCGUACCAAGAGGGCUGCAGGAGGAUACUACUGGUGGGCUCCUACGACAGCACCAUCAGCGUGAGGGACGCCAAGACUGGACUCCUGCUGCGCACAUUGGAGGGACACACCAAAACUGUCCUCUGCAUGAAGGUUGUGGACGACCUGGUGUUCAGCGGCUCCAGCGACCAGAACGUUUUUGCCCACAACAUCCAUAGCGGUGAACUGGUGCGUGCCUACAAGGGCCACAGUCACGCCGUAACUGUCUUAACAGUUGUUGGCAAGGUGAUGGUGACCGCCUGCCUGGAUAAACUGGUCCGCGUCUACGACCUGCAGUCUCGAGAGCAGUUGCAGGUGUACGCCGGACAUUCUGACAUGGUGACCAGUAUGACGGUCCACCAGAACAAGAUCUACACCGGCUGCUAUGACGGCAGCGUUCAGGCUGUCGAGCUGAACCUGACACAGAACUACCGCUGCAGGUGGCACGGCUGCUCGUUGGUUUUUGGCCUAACGGAGCACCUGCAGCAGCACCUUGUCAACGACCAUGCCGGCGCCAACCUGCAGACGCUGCGGUGCCGCUGGAAAGACUGCGAGGAGUUUUUCUGUGCUCGCAACGGCUCCAAGCAGGGGAUGCUCUCACACGUGCGGAAACACGCCGAGGAGGCGGAGCCAGAGCCUUGAGUUCCUCCCUCCCAUAUUGGGCGGAUGUUUGGGAACGUGUCCAUCACUUAACGUUCCAUGUUGGAAU